GUUAUAGCCAGAAUUGCCAUUUAUCCUUAAUUAUUGAAAACUGCACCAAGGUGUAAAGCUCUGACGUUGAAAGUACAAUUCCUCUACAUCUGUUUAAGACAUACACCUUUCCCUAAACAUAUGCGGCUUCCCAGCUGUUUGGAAACUGCAGGUCCCAGCAUGCUUGUGAAAUAACAACAUGGGUAGACUGAGAAAGAGACAUAACUGGAAAGCAAGACAGCAAGUACAGUACACAGAAGACAAAUCCACACAGCCCAAGCAACAUGUCCAGGUUGAACUAGAAGGAGCUGAACAGUUGAAAGGGCUGGAUGAGAGCAACCCAUUGAUGUUGCCAGCCCAAAAAUCUAAAAGGAAAAAAAUUGAGGCAGUAUCUACUAAAAAGCCACUAAGUCGAAAACAAAAGAAAGUACUUCAGAAGGUUCUGGAACAGAAAGAAAAAAAGAGCCAGAGAGCAGAUAUGCUCAGUAAACUGAGUGAUGUGCAAGCUUCAGAGACAGAGCUGAGUCUUUUAUAUACAACCUCCAAAUUGGGCACAGGGGAUCGUUUGUACAGUGUUAAACGAACACUAGAAGAUGCCGGUAGUGCAGGACUGGGGCGCAUAAGCAGCAUCAGUGGAGCCAAUAAGAAGCGCAGGCAAAAAUCUGAGGCAGAAGAUUCCAGUGAAGAGUCAGAUAGUGUCACGUCCUCUGAUAGUUCUGGUGAAGAUGAUGAGGGUGAUGCAGCCGAGGAGGAGCAGGAAAAAGAUGUGGAUGAUGAUGGCUCUGCUGUGCAACCUAUGGUUGCAAAUACGUCACAGAACGUUCAAGCAGAGUCUAAGCAAAUGCCUAAGAAAGAGCCUUCCACACAGAAAUCAUCUGCACCUCCGUCCUCAGAGCCAGCAAUAUUCAUCCCUGUUGACAGGUCUCCUGAAAUCCAGGAGGCCAGGUUAAAACUUCCAAUCCUGGGUGAAGAACAAGUCAUUAUGGAAGCCAUUCACGAAAACCCAGUUGUGGUUUUAUGUGGUGAAACUGGAAGUGGAAAAACCACCCAAGUGCCGCAGUUCCUGUAUGAAGCUGGAUAUGGAAGUAACAAUAACAUAAUUGGCAUUACUGAGCCACGGCGUGUAGCAGCGGUUACCAUGUCACAGCGAGUGGCAAUUGAAAUGAAUUUGCCUCAGAGUGUUGUCUCUUAUCAAAUUCGAUAUGAAGGAAACGUCUCUGCUGAAACUAGAAUAAAGUUCAUGACAGAUGGUGUUCUGCUGAAAGAAAUCCAGACGGAUUUCUUGCUUAAUAGGUACAGAGUAAUAAUAAUUGAUGAAGCCCAUGAGAGAAGCGUCUACACUGAUAUUUUAAUUGGACUUUUAUCUCGCAUUGUUCCUCUUCGGACAAAGAAAGGUCACCCAUUAAAAUUGGUUAUUAUGUCUGCAACACUGCGUAUUGAGGACUUCACAGAAAACAAAAGGCUUUUCCCUGUUACUCCUCCAGUUAUUAAAGUGGAUACCAGGCAGUUUCCAGUCACUGUCCACUUUAAUAAACGUACCCCAUUAGAUGACUAUGCUGGGGAAUGCUUCAGAAAGGUCUGCAAGAUUCACAGGAUGCUCCCUUCAGGGGGAAUCUUGGUGUUUCUCACAGGGCAAGCAGAAGUACAUUCACUUUGUAGACGACUAAGGAAAAUGUUUCCUUAUCGGGGGAAAAAUGCACCUCAAGCUGGAGAAGAUGACGAUGAGGAGGCACUGAAAGCAUUCAAGAAGUCAAAAUCCAAACAGAAUGUGAACUUGCCUAAGAUCAACUUGGACAGCUAUUCAGCUUUGCCACUGGAUGAAGGUGAUGAAGACAGGGAUGUUGGUGGAGAUGAAGAAGGAGAUGGCUCAGAUUUUGAUCUGGCAUUAGGAGAUGCAGAAGUUGAUGAAGAUGAGAAAUCGGACUCAACCCUGCCACUUUUUGUGUUGCCGUUAUAUUCUUUAUUAGCUCCUGAAAAACAGUCCAAGGUUUUUCGCCCCCCACCUAGCGGUACAAGGUUAUGUGUUGUAGCCACCAAUGUGGCAGAAACAUCGCUGACUAUCCCUGGUAUAAAGUAUGUAGUUGACUGCGGAAAGGUGAAGAAGAGAUUUUAUGACAAAGUAACGGGUGUUUCUUCAUUCCGUGUGGACUGGACUUCCCAAGCUUCAGCCAAUCAGAGAGCAGGAAGAGCAGGGCGUACGGAGCCUGGUCACUGCUACAGGUUGUACUCUUCAGCUGUCUUUAGUGAUUUUGAACAGUUCUCUCAACCUGAAAUAACCAGACGUCCUGUUGAAGAUUUAGUUCUUCAAAUGAAGGAUUUGAACAUUGAAAAGGUUGUAAAUUUUCCUUUCCCCACACCACCAUCUGCUGAUGCCCUGAUAGCUGCAGAGGAAUUAUUGAUUUCUCUUGGCGCUCUAAAGGACCCCCCCAAAAUUGGCAGACUUAAUGCCCUGCAGAAGGCUAAACUUAGUAGCCCAAUCACUCCCCUAGGAAGGACUAUGGCAUCCUUUCCAGUAGCACCACGCUAUGCUAAAAUGCUCUCUCUAGGAAGGCAGCACGAUUGCUUACCAUACAUUAUUACUAUUGUGGCCUCUAUGACUGUGAGAGAAUUGUUUGAGGAACUGGACAGACCGGUGCUUAAUGAUGAAGAGAAAGAGACAUUGAAAGGCAAGAAGGCUCGAGUGUUGCAGAUGCAGAGGAUCUGGGCAGGACAGGGCCCUGCGCAAAAGCUUGGAGAUCUUAUAGUUAUGUUAGGGGCUGUGGGUGCUUGUGAAUACUCUGGACUGACUCCAAAUUUUUGUGAACGUAAUGGCCUGAGGUUUAAAGCCAUGAUGGAGAUCAGACGUUUACGAGGACAGCUAACCACAACUGUCAACACACUGUGCUCUGAUGUCUCCAUUUUCCUCGACUCCAAGAUGCAACCACCUACAGAGACACAAGUGAACUAUUUGAGGCAAAUAGUAAUGUCUGGUUUGGGGGAUCACAUAGCCAGGCGGAUUCGCCCAGAAGAACUCCUUGAUGAGAAAUGGAGGAAUGCUUAUAAGACUCCUCUUCUAGAAGAUCCGGUGUUCAUUCAUCCAAACUCUUCACUCUUCAGACAGCUUCCUGAUUUGGUGGUUUACCAAGAAAUUUUGGAAACAACCAAAAUGUACAUGAAAGGUGUUUCCUCCAUUGAGCCCGAGUGGAUUCCUGCAUUGCUUCCUCAAUUCUGUCACUUUGGAAACCCCCUGGAAAACCCUCCUCCAUUUUAUUGCCCAGAAUCAGGAACUGUGAAGUGCCACAGACAAAGCACCUUCUAUCGAGUCGGAUGGCAGCUUCCAGCUGUUGUGGUUGAUUAUCCAGAAGGCCUAGAGCGCUACAAGUAUUUUGCCAAGUUUUUGCUUGAAGGGAAGGUAAUCACAAAAUUGGGCUCCUACACUCAUAUUCUGCUGUCAAGUCCCAACACAAUGCUUAAAACAUGGGCCAAACUCCAGCCUAGAACUGAAGUUUUCCUGAAGGCCUUAGUUUCUAAAAAGGCAGACAACCUGUGCGCGUUACAGGCUUCCUGGAAAAAUGACCCUAAAUAUCUUUUACAUGCAUUUUGUCAGUGGAUUCCUGAAGCUGUGCACAACGAUCUAUCCAAAGCCUGGCCACCAGUCACUUGCUGAGCAUGUGACAUAAACACGCUGCGCACUGGACCUCAGUGAUCCAUGAAUAAGGACUCUGGGAAUAACAUUAAACAGACAAGUGCCUUUAGAAUCUUAAAGAACCAUUAACAUGGCAUUGCCUGGCAAUCUUUUCCGUAAAAGGGACAUGUAGUAGUACUGCCUACCGUUUAUGUGUACAUAAUACAUUGUUACAAUGUAACUGGAGUCCCAUCAUUUAUUACGGCAGUUCUGUGUAUAGUACCUACUGACAACAAACAUUUUAGAUUACUUUCAUUAACUACUUAAAUAUUGUAUUAUAAAUAUUUGUGAAAUAAAAAAUAUUUUAAUUUUU